AACGUGGUUUAGGUCGGAUGUCAUACCCGGGCGUGUCUGUGUGAGAGCCGGCCCUUAGCUAGUGGGCACUGCCAGAGCCCAAGAUGGGUGGUCACGACCAUCAUCAUGGAGGAGACUGUGAGCAUGAAAACAAUGGCAUUGACCCUUCUGAAAUGGGGAUCAUGUACAGCCUGUACCAGAAAAUUGACAUUGACCAUGUGGUAUGCCUUAAUGAAGAGGAGGAGGACUCAGGCAAGCAUGUGUUUAAGGCUUGGGAGGACAGGCUUGACAAGGAGAAGUUUGUGGAUUCAGAUGCUGAUGAAGAACUGCUCUUCAAUAUUCCGUUUACCGGCAACAUCAAACUGAAAGGCCUCAUACUGAUCGGAGGUGAAGAAGGCACUCACCCGUCCAAAAUUCGUCUCUACAAGAACCGUCAGCACAUGACCUUCGACGACAUGGCGCUCGCUUGCGAUCAGGAGUUCGAGCUGCACCGCGACCCCGAGGGAAAGCUGGAGUACAAUACCAAAGUGGUGACUUUCUCGUCGGUCCACCACCUGACCAUCCACAUCCCGGGUAACAUGGGCGGCGGCGAGCUGACCCGGCUGUAUUACCUGGGACUGCGCGGCGAGUUCUCCCCGGCGCACCGGCACGGCGUCACAAUCUGCAACUACGAGCUGCGGCCCAACGCCGCCGACCUCAAGGACAAGAGUCUGCAUGAGACGGCCAACCAGCAGGUGCAGUGAUCAUGGGCGGCGUCUGGUUGUGCCUGAGGACCCUCGUGCUGGCGCCAUGGCGCUGGGCUGAGGCGAGUGCCGCGGAGAGGCGGCCAGUGUGGACGCGGACUUGGGCCGACGUGAGUGCGGCGAAGUGAGGAAUCUCGUGACGGCAUGGUCUCCUGACCGACGACGCGGUCAAAACGAUGGUUAUGCAUUGGUGAAGAACGCUCCAAUACAUUUACAAGCAGACUGA